GAUAUUUCGACUACGACCCGCGUCUGGCUUGGGCCUUCUGGAAAUUCCGCCAUCAGGCCUACACGCACGGCGCUCCCCACGACGGUUACCGGCUUUUGGCGCAGUGGGGCCAGAAGAUGAAAUAUGGCUGCUUCUCUGUGACAUCGAACAUUGACGGCCACUGGGAGCGCACAGAAGGCAUUGGGGAAAAGAGGGUCUACGAGUGCCAUGGAGCCCUUACGAGGAU